CUUGGGAGCACCGUCGUCGAGAUCAGCAGCGCAAAUUGUUUAAAUUCUUUUAUUCGUUCACCCCGAAAGUCGAGGGAGAAAAGCUACGAAAAUUCUGGACAUAAUGGACAUGAGCAGCGAGUCGAGCUCUACCCGGUGGUACGAGCCGCCCAGGGGAUCCCUCGAACCUCCGACCGGCUCCGGGUCGUUGGCUGCGGGUGGGGCUGGCGUCGCGACGCCCGACUACAGGGGAUACUACCCUCAUGCUGCACCCACGCCUCACCACUCAGCCGCCGCGCACGCCGCCGCCGCCCACUACGCCCACAGCAGAAUGUCGAGCGGCGGAGUGACGAACGGAGGUGGCAGCCAAGUGUGCAGACCGCACUUCCACAGCUCGGUGUUACACCCAUGGUUGUCGGGUUCGAGCGCGGACAGUAAACCAUGGGGUUUCCCAUCGACGACGGCUUCGACCGGAGCGACGUCAGGCUCAGGUGAAGACAAGCCCCAGAGUCCGUUAGGUUCGUCGCUGCCACCGACGUCGAGCAGCCUGACGAGUCACGGUGGAGCGGCGUCGGGUCACCACCUCUUCUCGUUCCCGCCAACGCCACCUAAGGAUGCGACGCCGGACAGCAUAACGACGAGCACGACCUCCAGUUCGAACAACAACAACAACACGAGCAACAACAACAACAACAACAACAACAACAACUCGAGCUCCCUAGGACUCGGGGGUGGCAGCAGCGAGUACCAGGCGGCGGUUGCUCACGCCGCUGUGAUGGGGGCGUUCAUCCACCACCAGGAUGCCCUCGGCUCGACUUCCGGUAGUUCCUGCGACGUGAAGCCCUCGGUGAUGCUGGGUCAUCACCACGGUGCCUCGUCGCCACCACAUCAGCACAACGGAUCCGGGAACUCCGGGCAGGUCCAGAAACAGCGGGAAGGUAAUAACCAAUCUGCAUCCGGGUCUGUCAAUCAGGCUAACCAGCAGCAGCCUGGUGCGGCCGGUGGUGUCAACCACCAGCAGCAGCAGCAGCAGCAGCAGCAGCAGGAUUACCAAAAUCAGGGCGCUACCUCACCCCGGGAUUCCUAUUCCACUUCCCACCACCCAUCGGCACCCUCCCAGUACGAUCCCUCCGCUGCGUACAACAUGUAUCAACACCUUCAGUACUCCGGUCAUCACUCCCACAAUCCUCACAACGGGCCGACUAUAUUCUCGGGGAGUCACCAUCCCACUACCGGCGUACCCGGAAUUAGUCCCGAUGCUAAACUUCUCGGUUCGCACGGGAACACGCCUAACUCGCCCGGGUCGCAACAGCAACAGCAGCAAAAGCCAAGGAACAAAUCCAGAACGUCCGCCGAGGGUCGCGAAUGCGUCAACUGUGGGGCGACCUCAACUCCUCUUUGGCGACGAGACGGUACGGGACACUACCUGUGCAAUGCCUGCGGCCUCUACUACAAGAUGAACGGACAAAACCGGCCACUGAUUAAGCCGAAACGCCGCCUGUCCCUGCAGAGUGCUGCACGUAGGGCGGGUACGAGUUGCGCCAACUGUAAAACGGCCACGACGACAUUAUGGCGGAGGAACCAGGCUGGUGAGCCCGUUUGCAACGCCUGUGGACUCUACUACAAACUUCACAACGUAAACCGACCACUAACGAUGAAGAAAGAAGGAAUACAGACGCGGAAUCGAAAGCUAUCGUCGAAGAGUAAAAAGAAGAAGGCUGGCGGGUGUCUUGGCCUCGGUGGCGUCAUGGGGGACAUGAUCAAGGCCGGAGGCCACCUCGACCUCGACAACAAGCCGUUCCACUCCGGGUUCGGCUCACCGAUGGGCACGUCGCAGCAUCAUCACUCGAUGCAUCCCGCCAUGCAGCACUACAUGUAUCACACGGGGGUUGGAGUCACGGGAGGACUUCACCAGGGCUUUGCUCCACCUCCGGCACCACCGCCGAUUCAUCCUCAUUCCCAUUCGCAUUCCCACUCUCACCACAUGGCCAGUCUUCAGGGUCUCCAGUUGGCCGCUACCACGAAUGCCAUGACCGGGUGGAGAACAGAGUACACAUGAAUCGCGAAUGGCGAUUAAUGCAGGACGCAGCCCACCACUUUGACACAAGCUUUCUAAAACUACGUAUGACGAUUGAAAGAUAAUGUUGUUUUUCGUUUGUUGUUUUUUU